AUGAGAAAUCAAAUGAAUCAAUUCAUUAAUAAAACAGAUUGUGGAAUUCGUGGCACUGUUCACGAGCAACUCCAUACCGUAAAAUAUCUAUCUAUCUAUCUAUCUAUCUAUCUAUCUAUCUAUCUAUCUAUCUAUCUAUCUUUUAGUCUAUGUUUAUAUAUCGAUCUAUCUUUUAUACUCUGUCUGUAUCUAUCUAUAUAUAUGUCUGUUAUCUAUCUUUCUAUCUAUCUAGCUAUCAUUUAUACUCUGCUUCUAUCUACCUAUUCUUUAUAUUAUUUAUCUAUCUAUCUAUCUAUUUAUUUAAGUCUGUGUGUAUGUAUGCAUGUAUGUAUGUAUGUAUGCAUCUAUCUAUCUAUCUAUACUUUACUAUCAUUUAUACUCUGCUUCUAUCUAUCUAUUCUUUAUACUAUCUAUCUAUCUAUCUAUCUAUCUAUCUAUCUAUCUAUCUAUCUAAAACAAAUUCCACCGAGAAUCCACCAAAAACUUAGCCGGUUCGACAAUCACCCUUUCUUUAACGUUUUCAUUCUUUUAAUUGUUUCAUGUCACCAUUUUUAUUUCUUUAUUCUUCUUCAAAUUUCAUUCUUAUUUUCUUUAAAUUUCUCUAGCUAUGGCCAUUCCUAUUUUAAUCAUAUCUAUCUAUCUAUCUAUCUAUCUAUCUUUAAAUAG